AUGGAUACCAUGUCAAAACUUUCGAUUACUGACUUCCUGAUUAAAUUAAUGAAUAUUGAGUCCACCACUGGUGGUGAAGGUACGGUACAUAUUGAAUUAUUAGUAUUUUAGGACCGCUAGCAAAUUUUAUCAAAGAAUUUUGUGAGUUUGAAGGCUUCGAAGUGAUUUUACAGGAUGUUGAGAUCCAUAAAAACAGGUAUAAUCUGCUAAUUAAGCAUACUAAAGCUGAGAUUUCGGAUGUGAAAUUCUUACUAAACACUCAUAUGGAUACCGUCCCCCCGUACACGCAUCACCGAAUAGGAGAUGAAUGUAUUUAUGGCCGAGGUUCCAACGAUGCUAAAGGUAAAAACAAUUAAAAGAAAAAAAGAAUUCAUUUAUCUCGUCGUUACAGUAUCUCUUUGCAGGCCAAAUUGCUUCGAUGAUUUUUGCACUUCGAACUUUAAAAAAGGAGUCUCCUGAAUUAAGCAAACAAGUGGCUUUAUUACUUGUGGUUGGAGAGGAGACGGAUCAUGUUGGAAUGAUUCGGGCGAAUGACUUGAAUCUCUGUCCAUCUUAUCUUAUUGUUGGAGAGCCAACGGAACUGAUCUUUGCCCAUGCACAGAAAGGAGCCCUCAAAGUGAGUCCGGCUCAUUUAUCGCAUCAAAUCAUCUGUAGAUUCGACUCAUUUCAAAAGGGCGUCCGGCCCAUUCUGGAUAUCCCGAAAAAGGCCGGAGUGCCAUUCAUAAUCUUCUUGAUGUAUUGCAAGACCUGAGGUCACAUGAAUGGCCACGAAAUGAUGAUCUAGGAGAGACGACUCUGAAUGUUGGAUUAAUUCAAGGAGGACAGGCGUUGAAUGCUCUGGCUGGACAUGCUGAAGCCUCCCUCAUGUUUCGGGUGGUAGAUUCAGCAGCGGGUUUGUUACAAGAAGUGGAAACAAUUGUCAAAGGAAGAGUUGAAAUCGACGUCCUCGGACUGAAUGAGCCUGUUCAUUUGACUAGUGAGCGAAUAUUGACUAGCAAGAAAUUUUACAGAACCCCCGGAGCCAUUUAAAAGCCAAUCCGUGGCGUUCAACACUGACAUCCCUUACUUCAACAACUAUAAAAAACUAGACGGAGUUUAUCUUAUCGGAGCUGGCUCUAUCACAACGGCACACUCAAAGCACGAAUUUAUUCCUAUUGAAGAGCUAGAAAAAUGCCCAGGAAUGAUCUGUUCCUUACUCGAUAAAUUACACGAAAAGUAA